GGUAGGCAGCCCGGCACGCACACUCCCACCCUCAUACCCAGGACAAAAGCAGAUGCACUUUGACUUCUGACAGCUCUACCUCAAGCCGGAGAACUCAGCAGCGCUUUCCCUGCAACCUGAGCUCGCCGUGCCGGCUUCUCCGCUUAUUUAUUUAUUUCCGUUCCCACCUUCGCUCUCGGUGACCUUCACUCCUCAGUCGGCUCUGGGAAAAAGGGUCGCUUUCUCGCUCGCCUGAGACUCCUUUUCAUCGCUCGGGGAGCUACGGGCCGGUGCUCGGCCCGGGGCCCUGGAACUCCUGGGCUGCGCGCUCCACCAAGGCGCUCCCCUCCCCCAGCAGCCUCGUUGCCCCUCUUUUGAUUUCCUGGUGCGGCUUUUGGCUUGCAAGGCCGCGUGUGUCUCCUUCCUAUUGGAAGGCUGGGGGAACUAGUGCAGGUCAUCGUCGGGAGUCAGCCCCUCGGCUCUACCUGCCCCUUUCCUUCCGGGUCCGACCCGACCAAACCAAAGACCAUGGUGCACUGUGCCGGCUGCAAAAGGCCCAUCCUGGACCGCUUCCUCUUGAACGUGCUGGACAGGGCCUGGCACGUCAAGUGCGUCCAGUGCUGUGAAUGUAAAUGCAACCUGACCGAGAAGUGCUUCUCCCGGGAGGGCAAGCUCUACUGCAAGAACGACUUUUUCCGGUGUUUCGGUACCAAAUGCGCUGGCUGUGCGCAGGGCAUCUCCCCCAGCGACCUGGUGCGGAGGGCGCGGAGCAAAGUGUUUCACCUGAACUGCUUCACCUGCAUGAUGUGUAACAAGCAACUCUCCACCGGCGAAGAGCUAUACAUCAUUGACGAGAACAAGUUCGUCUGCAAAGAGGAUUACCUAAGCAACAGCAGUCUGGCCAAAGAGAACAGCCUCCACUCGGCCACCACUGGCAGCGACCCCAGUUUGUCACCGGACUCCCAAGACCCGUCGCAGGACGACGCCAAGGACUCGGAGAGCGCCAACGUGUCGGACAAGGAAGGGGGCAGCAACGAGAAUGACGACCAGAAUCUAGGUGCUAAGCGGCGAGGGCCACGCACUACCAUUAAAGCCAAGCAGUUGGAGACGCUGAAGGCCGCCUUCGCUGCCACGCCCAAGCCCACGCGCCACAUCCGCGAGCAGCUGGCCCAAGAGACCGGCCUCAACAUGCGCGUCAUCCAGGUCUGGUUCCAGAACCGGCGCUCCAAGGAAAGGAGAAUGAAGCAACUGAGCGCGCUGGGCGCCCGGCGCCAUGCCUUCUUCCGCAGUCCGCGCCGGAUGCGGCCGCUCGUGGACCGUCUGGAGCCGGGCGAACUCAUUCCGAACGGGCCCUUCUCCUUCUAUGGAGAUUACCAGAGCGAGUACUACGGCCCCGGGGGCAACUACGACUUCUUCCCGCAAGGCCCCCCGUCCUCGCAGGCCCAGACGCCUGUGGACCUGCCCUUUGUGCCGUCCUCCGGGCCUUCCGGGACGCCGCUGGGCGGCCUGGAGCACCCGCUGCCCGGCCACCACCCGUCGACCGAGGCUCAGCGGUUCACCGACAUCCUGGCGCACCCCCCUGGGGACUCGCCCAGCCCCGAGCCCAGCCUGCCCGGGCCCCUGCACUCCAUGUCGGCUGAGGUCUUCGGGCCCAGCCCACCCUUCUCAUCACUGUCGGUCAAUGGUGGGGGAAGCUACGGGAACCACCUGUCCCACCCCCCCGAAAUGAACGAGGCAGCAGUGUGGUAGCGGGCCUCGCACGGUUCUAAGAGUUCGUGGUUGUACAGAAGUGAACAUUUAUUUAAGAAAAAAAUAAAUAAAUAAAAAGCAAGUCCUCCCCCACUUCCGCCAGCCUCGGGGACCAUUCUCGGUCUGGAGAGACGGGAUGGGAAAGGGGGACACGAAAUAGGAUCCAAAUCCACCUCGAGGCAGGACUGGGAUCUGCUCCCCGAAGAGAAAGGUGCAGAACUGGGGCUCUCGAAGGGAAAGGCAGACCUCUCCCCACUUCCCCUCUGGACGCUGAACCGUGGAAGGACCCCGCGGGCGUGCGCGCCUAGUCCACGGGCGAUGGAGAGUCACAUGCAGCGACCGCCGGCGUGCACGGCCAGUGGAGA